AUCUCUGUUUCACCAUGUCUACCAUGGAUACCAUUGCCAACAACAAUCAAAACGAAAUGUUGCUGGAUCUUGACAAAAAGACCAUGGUUUGUCUGUUUCGUAACAAUCCCUCCUCAAUUCUUGAAAGUUUUUGAAGAAGCCAUAGCCACAAAUACCAAUAGCUAUCAUCAAAGUCAGGUCAAUACAGUGUAUUCAUCAAAUUCUAAGUACAGCCCCAAAAUACAGAACAGCCAUCAAACUCAUCUUCCCCAAAUCCCAAGAUAUCUUCUAAUUUUGAUCCCCCACCAAAACCUAGCGCAAACCCCAAAGAGGACUACACCAUGCAACUGCUUGUGAAAGUAGAAUCACAACAAUCAGAAUCCUCCUCUACAACUGCCAAAUUUGUGUUCCAUAGCCUGAUAUUAUCAGUAGUCUAGAUGUGAUGUUAUUUCGUUUUUUAUAUUUUUGAUGUAAUCAUUUACGGUUCAAAAUCCAGAAAAUGAUUUGAGAAAAAUAUGAAAGAUGUUGUUUUCACUAACCAUUUCCCUCCAAAACCAUCAAUCUCUUCGCCAUAUAGCUUGGGGAUCUCAGCCAUGGCUUUGGAAUUAUCACAAAGAGAAUCCAUUAGCCGUUUUCCUUUCUCUAUAAGUUUCAUUGGCCGAGUCAAACCAGUUUGUACCUUCUCAUUCCUUUAUACUUCUUUACCUGAUCAGCUUUGCCACAAAGAUCACGUUGACAGAAGUAGUCACAAAAAAGAAGAUUAAGAUUCUUCCGAAAGGAGUCAUAAUGGCGAUCCUCUUAAAGGUGCCCCCAAAAUCCAUGUUGAAAUUCAUGGGCGUUUCAAAACCAUGGCUUCGGCUAAUCUCUAGCCGUAAGUUAGUAAAGACUCAUGUGAAAUUAACAGCUAAUGACAAAGAAUGCAGCAAUGAUAGGGUCAUUUUUCAAGACUCAACAGGCAAUUUCAAGGUAAGUCCUCUCCCUCCCUUGUUCCGCAAAGAACAAAGAAUUGAGCUAUUUAACAUGGAUUCUCCCAUGGAAAACCCCAAUACUUAUACUAAGAUUGUGGGUUCUGUCAAUGGAUUGAUUUGUAUGUACAGUAAGAUAGAGGAACCAGUCUUAUGGAACCCCACAAUUCGGAAAUGUAAGAAAAUGCCUACAUUUGAAGCUAAUUUGAGGAGGGGUUGCUCUUAUUAUCUCAACUAUGGUUUUGGAUAUGAUGAGUCACAUGACGAUUACAAAGUAGUAGUUGUUCAAUGUAUUUACGAUGAUGGUGGUUCAUAUGACACUGUAGUCAACAUUUAUAGUUUGAGGACCGAUUCUUGGAGAACAAUUGAUAAGUUCCAGGGCAACUUUUUGAUAAAUUCUCCAGGUAAAUUCGUGGAUGGGAAGCUUUAUUGGGCUUUAUCUGCUGACAUUAAUACGUUCAAUAUAUGCAACAUCAUUUCUCUUGAUUUAGCAGACGAAACAUGGAAAAGCUUGAUGCUUCCGACUAGUUAUGGAGAAGGCAUCUAUCCUUUGGCACUAGGAGUGUUCGGAAAUGAUCUUUCUGUGCUUUGUCUUAACUGUCACGAAGUAACUAAUUCGGAUGUAUGGAUUAUGAAGCAUUCUGGAGUAGAAGUGUCGUGGACAAAGAUUUUCACCAUCGAUCAUCCAAAAGAUCUUGGGGAGUUCAUAUUUUUUUCGUCUAUUUUCUCUGUACCUUCUUGCCAGUCAAAUAAGGGUGAAUUAUUUUUACUCUUGCUUCCUCCGGUUAUCAUGAUAUAUGAUUGUUCAACUAGACAAUUAGAGGCUGUUGAUCACUUUGAGGAAUGUUUUGCUGCAGAAAUCUACGUCGAAAGCCUCGUUGAUCCCCUAUUGAUAGCACAAAAUGAUAACUCGUAAGAAUUCUGUUUUAUUUUAACUGCUAUCAUCAGCUAAGUUAGAUUGGAGCAAGAUUUUACGAGAACAUAUUCUUAACAUUCGAGAUGGAAUGAUUUCUCGAUUUACUUACUGAAGCCUAGAAAUAAAACCGUUGAUGCAGUUCUUUUUUCUCAAAUGUAGAACAAGAUGUUGAAUUUGUAUGAUUACAUCAUAUUUGAGUGAUUUCAUUUUUACUCCAAUUUCUACAAGUAAUAAUCUGAUAAUCCCCAAAUAAGAGUAAUCUAUCCAUUUAAUCCAUCUUCACAUUGAAUCAACACCAACAACAAACUCAAUGUAGUAUAAGGUUUGAAAAGGAUAGACUAUACGUAGAUCUUACUUUUUAACUUGUGAAAUUAAAAAAAAAAG